AUGACUUCAGCUGUUAGCUCCUUGCGUAAGCAAAUUGCGGCAUGCGAAGCCACACUGAAGGACCUGCGCCAGCAGCUGGCCGAAGCUGAGCAUGGCCAAACUCAACCGUCCAAAGUCAUCCCUCAGAAGAGAUCACUGAUGACAGAGCCAGCAAACGAACUGGACCAUGAUAUGAAUUUCGGCGUACCCGACAAUUUCCGUUCCGAAGUCUUUGCCAUCUUGGGGCAGAGUGAAAAGGAUGCAAAACAGGCUAGCUCAGAGGAUCCUCCGAACCGGCCGCUAGAGAAGGACGAAUACAAGAGGUAUGGGAGGCAGCUGAUCAUGCCCGAGAUUGGGCUACGGGGCCAGCUUCGCCUAAAGGAAGCGCGUGUACUGAUUGUAGGGGUCGGCGGUCUGGGAUGUCCAGCUGCCGCGUACCUGGUCGGGGCCGGCGUGGGCACUCUGGGUCUGGUCGAUGGGGAUGUGGUUGAAGAGUCAAAUUUACAUCGUCAGAUCCUACAUCUCACCGCAAGAGUUGGUAUGACCAAGGUCGAGAGCGCCAUGGUCGGAUUGAAGUCACUUAAUCCCAAGGUCAAAUUGGUUCCGCACAUCUUCCGGCUAAGUCCUGAGACGGCCAUUUCUACCUUCAAAGACUACGAUGUCAUACUGGACUGCACCGACACUCCAGCAUCGCGCUACUUAAUAUCGGACACUUGCGUUCUCCUCGGCAAGACGCUCGUCUCAGCAUCAGCCCUUCGAAUCGACGGGCAGAUGAUGGUUCUCAACAACCCACCAUUACCGCCAGGCGAUCCCAAUGGAGGCCCUUGUUACCGCUGCGUUUUCCCAAAGCCCCCACCUCCUGAAUCUGUUGUCUCUUGCGGCGACGGCGGUAUCCUAGGACCAGUCGUUGGUGUCAUGGGUGUUUUGCAAGCCCUGGAAGCCAUCAAAGUGAUAACCCAGAAAACACCCAUUGAGGCGUCAGCAGACCCACCCAGCCUCCUUAUUUUCUCCGCCUAUUCCAAUCCCAUGUUUCGCUCCAUACGUCUUCGAAGUCGAAAGGCGAAGUGCGCGUCGUGUUCAGCACAUGCGACAGUCACGAAACAAGCACUCGAGUCGGGGAGCUUGGACUACGUCCAGUUCUGCGGCAGUGUGCUUCCGAACAUGGAUCCACUCUCACCAGAGGAGCGCAUAUCCGCCCAGAAUUACGCACGACUACGCACAGGGGUCAACCCCCACACCGGCACCGUGUCAAAGAGAGACAGCCACAUUCUUGUCGACGUACGAGAAAAGGUGCAGUUCGAAUUGUGCAAUAUCGAUGGCAGUAUGAAUGUGCCUUUUUCCAUCGUAUCGGCUACACGCAGCCCAACCGGCAGCGACUGGUCUGGCGGUGCAAUGUAUGAAGAGAGUAGUUGGGUCACACAACUCAAGCAGACGGAGCGCCCGAUUUUCGUCAUCUGCAGGCUCGGCAACGACUCGCAAGUCACGGUCAAAAAGAUGAAAAAGCUCGGCCUGGAUCUAGGAGGCAAGCGCUUCAUUGGCGAUAUCAAGGGCGGCCUGCAAGCUUGGAGGAAGGAUGUCGACAAUGAUUUCCCAGACUACUGAGCAGCUCUAGCUUAUCUAG